UUUUUUUAUUUUUUAUUUAUUUUUCCAAGGAUUUAUAUAUAUAUAUAUAUGUAUAUAUAUAUAUUAACUUUCUCUUCUUCAAAUUUACUCAUUUGGGUUUUCAGUAUUUGUUCCUUUUGGGCUUUUACUCUCUCUUUUUUUUUUUUUUAAAGCAUUUCGUUCAAUUCUUUUCAGCUUUUGAUAACUUAUAAUUAUCUUUCUUUGGUUUCUAUUAUAUAUGGUGUCAAACUUUCACUUACUGAAUUUGAGAUCCAAGGAUUUGUAUGUAUUUUUCCUGUUGUAGAAUAUAUGAUGGAUUUAUUUGUUGGCAAUCAAUAAUUGUGGUUGACUUUCUGUUUUAGGUGGUGCACUUUGUUUCAAUAAAUCAGGCUCUUAAACUUGCUUCUUGAAUCAUUUUUCGUAAUUGCUGUAAUCAGUAGUAUUAUUUGUAUGGAUAAUUUUUAAGUUUGGAGGUAAGUAAUAAGUUUUCUCAUUUGUUAUCAAUUUUUAGUUCAUUUUGUAAGCUAUACUGUUCAAGUCUUUUCCGUCAAAGUCUAGAGGAGAAUAUAGGGAGUUUGAUUUUUAUAAAUAAGAUCAGAUCUCUAUGUGUUGGAUUGGCUCAUCUAUUGGUUUUAGAUAUUGAUGUUAAAACUAGUGAUAGUAUUUUGAAGAAGUAAUAUAAGUGUGAGAGUAGAUGGGUAAUACUUGUGUAGGACCAAGCAUUACCAAAAAUGGAUUUUUCCAAUCUGUUUCUGCUGCAAUGUGGCGGUCCCGAUCGCCUGAUGACUCAGUUUCUCAUAAUAAUGGGGAAACUGGGGAAACUGGGGAAACUGGGAGUGAGAUAGGAUCUAAAGAACCUGAAUCACCAUCACCAGUCCAAAACAAACCUCCAGAACAAAUGACAAUGCCCAAACAAGAGACUGAACCAGAAACUAAACCUGAAACACCAACAAAUCCCAACUCCCCUCAUAUGAAGAGGGUGUCCGGUGCAGGGCUCAGGACUGAGUCAGUGUUACAAACAAGGACCGGUAAUUUCAAGGAAUAUUAUAGCCUGGGGAGAAAACUAGGACAAGGGCAAUUUGGGACAACUUUCCUUUGUGUGGAGAAGUCAACUGGAAAAGAGUAUGCUUGCAAAUCAAUUGCAAAGAGAAAGUUGUUAACUGAUGAGGAUGUAGAGGAUGUGAGAAGAGAAAUUCAAAUAAUGCAUCAUUUGGCAGGGCAUCCAAAUGUUAUAUCUAUAAAAGGGGCAUAUGAGGAUGCAGUGGCAGUUCAUGUUGUUAUGGAAUUAUGUGCUGGUGGAGAGCUUUUCGAUAGAAUUAUUCAGCGAGGACACUACACAGAAAGAAAGGCAGCUGCACUUACGAGGACUAUAGUCGGGGUUGUGGAAGCCUGCCAUUCUUUGGGGGUUAUGCAUAGAGACCUCAAACCUGAGAAUUUCCUUUUUGUCAAUCAGCAGGAGGAUUCACUUCUCAAGACAAUUGAUUUUGGAUUAUCAAUAUUCUUUAAGCCAGGUGAAAAAUUUACAGAUGUGGUUGGGAGCCCAUACUAUGUUGCCCCAGAAGUCUUGCGAAAGCGUUAUGGUCCAGAAGCAGAUGUCUGGAGUGCAGGAGUAAUUCUUUACAUUCUCUUAAGUGGAGUUCCUCCCUUUUGGGCUGAAACUGAGCAAGGUAUAUUUGAAGAGGUCUUGCAUGGUGACCUUGAUUUUGAGUCAGAUCCUUGGCCUAGCAUCUCUGAAAGUGCAAAAGAUUUGGUGAGGAGAAUGCUUAUUCGAGACCCCAGGAGACGUUUAACUGCACAUGCAGUUUUGUGCCACCCUUGGAUACAGAUUGAUGGUGUUGCUCCUGACAAGCCUCUUGAUUCUGCAGUUUUAAGUCGUUUGAAACAAUUUUCUGCAAUGAACAAGCUCAAGAAAAUGGCCCUUAGAGUAAUUGCAGAGAGCCUGUCUGAAGAAGAAAUAGCUGGACUCAAAGAAAUGUUCAAGAUGAUAGACACUGACAACAGUGGUCAGAUCACCUUGGAAGAACUUAAAGCAGGAUUGAAAAGAGUUGGAGCUAACCUUAAGGAGUCUGAAAUUUAUGAUCUUAUGCAAGCAGCUGAUGUUGAUAAUAGCGGCACAAUCGAUUAUGGAGAAUUUGUAGCUGCCACACUGCACCUAAACAAAAUCGAGAGAGAAGAUCAUUUAUUUGCUGCCUUUUCCUACUUUGAUAAGGAUGGUAGUGGUUAUAUUACUCCAGAUGAGCUCCAACAAGCUUGCGAGGAGUUUGGCAUAGAGGAUGUUCGUCUUGAAGAAAUGAUCCGAGAAGUUGAUCAGGAUAAUGACGGACGCAUAGAUUACAAUGAGUUUGUGGCCAUGAUGCAGCAAGGAAAUGUUGCCAGUGCUGCUAAGAAAGGCCUGGAAAAUAGUUUUAGCAUUGGAUUUAGAGAGGCAUUAAAACUUUAAUUUAGGCAACUGUUCAAGUUCUUGUUCAUUUUUUCCUUUAUAGUUUUGAGGGAACUGAGAUUUGUAUAGUAAGGAGUAACAGUGUUCAUUCCAAGGAGCUGCCAGUUCAAAUGCAAUGAGCAUUUGUUCAUUUUCUUCCACCUUUUUCGCAAUUAAAUUAUCUAUCAUCAUGUUGUAUACUUUACACGAGGAAUUUGUUUGUCUUUUAUUUACUAAAAAUAGUGCCCCCAUUUGGCUU